UUCGUUGAUGGAGGCGCAUAAACCAGACAGGUGGGCCACACUGCAAUCACUACUCUUACCUCCCAGCACAUCCUUUUCCUCCGUCACCAUCACCAUCACUGCCUCCCCCACCGCACCAACCCUACCUUUUUCUUCCAUCCUUUGCUUCCUUCCUUUCCCAAUACCCACCAAACACAGCCCUGACGGUUCUCUUAUUUUCUCUAUUUGUCUCCCUUCCUUACCCUUUUCCUUUUCUUGGCCCUAUCAAUAUUUAAGCCUCUCUUAAACCCCCUGUCCCCUUCUCUAUCAUCUGCCUUGGUCUUGUUCUUAUUCUUUAAAAACCUCUUCUGGGUCUGUCUGGGAGCUUCUACAAGCUACAAAGAUUUUUCAAUGCAGGGUGUUGUUGGUGGUGGUGCUGGAGCGGUAUCUGGAGGAGGAGGAUCUAGUACAAGUGGUGCGUCGAUCUCCACGGUGUCAAAUGAGGACAACCUGGUCUUGUCCUCUGAGGAUUCAUCUUCUUGCCUGGAUGAGUCUGAGCUUGAGCUGGGUCUUGGAUUGAGUCUUGGUGUUGGUAUGGGUGCUUGCAAGGCCCAACAAGGUCUAAGGGGUGGUCAAUAUGCUCGGAUUUUGACGGCCAAGGAUUUUCCUUACGUGGGUUCUUCAGCUUCAGUUUCUUCAUCUUCAUCCUCAUCAUCAUCGUCCUCUUCUUCUUCUUUGAGCAGAGCUAAUGUUACAGCUGGGACCAAGAGAAGUGCUGAUUCUGCUGCUGCUGCUAAUGGUGCCAGCAGUCAGGUUGUUGGAUGGCCGCCAAUAAGAGCAUAUAGAAUGAAUAGCUUGGUCAACCAAGCAAAACUACCUGCCACUGAAGUAUUCAACUCUCUGAUUGUAAAAAGUAGAAAGAGUAAUCCUGCAGUUGGAAAGGGAACUAGCAAUGCCUGUGUUAAUGCUAAAGAAAAGGGACAAUUAAGAAGUUCUCUGUUUGUGAAGGUGAAUAUGGAUGGAAUUCCUAUAGGAAGGAAGGUGGAUCUGAGCUCACACAGAUGCUAUGAAACCUUGGCACAAAAACUGGAGGAUAUGUUUGCGACAUCAAGUACGAUAAUGAACUCAAUACGAUCAGGUGGAGAGGAACAUGACAUGAUGGUUGAAGCAACAAGACCAUCAAAAUUGCUGGAUGGAUCAUCAGGGUUUGUGCUCACAUACGAAGAUAAAGAGGGAGACUGGAUGCUUGUUGGAGAUGUUCCUUGGGGGAUGUUCAUCAACUCCGUGAGGAGGCUAAGAAUUAUGAGGGCAUCUGAAGCUAAUGGACUUGCUCCAAGGUCAGAAGAAAGUAAUGGUGGGCAAAGGAUGAAGCCCAUCUAGACCUGGUUUUCGAGACUUUAGCAAUGGAUGAUAUUUGGCUUGAAAGUGAUAUAAUACCAAAAUAGAGAAAUGCUGCAUAGUCAAAAGCUUUUUGAAAAGUAAAUGGCUGGCUGAUCCAUGGCUCUUCUGUUUGUUUUGGGGGUGCUCUUCAUCAAAUAUGUAUAAUGCAGCAUACAUAUUUUUUUUUUUCAAUUCAGUUGUUUUUGUUACUAUUCUCCCGGGAGUGAGUUCUCUUCUCUCCCUGCUUUUUGGAAGCAAUUGACAUAUCUUAGUUUUCAAUAUCCUACUGUUAUACGAAAAAAAUGCAGUACCGUUCAGUAAAUAUUGUUUGGUUAUGCUGUAAA